AUGAAGAAAAGCGUGAUUUCAAUGGCGUUGGCAGUUGGAUUGGUCACGGGAUUUCCUGAUUUGGGAUAUCUGGGAGAGGCCAAUGCAGCUAACAUUGCUCCAUCACUACCAGAUGUAUCGGUUUUGAUUUCAGGGCCACCGAUCAAAGAUCCCGGGGCAUUGUUGAGAUACGCAUUGCCUAUCAACAACAAAGCUAUCAGGGAAGUUCAGAAGCCGCUGGAGGAUAUUACCGAAAGUCUGAAGAUUGCUGGUGUGAAAGCCCUUGAUUCUGUUGAGAGGAAUGUUAGGCAGGCUUCGAGGGCUCUCCAGCAAGGCAAGACUUUGAUUGUUGGAGGCCUUGCAAAGUCAAAGGCUGAUGAUGGGAUUGCAUUGCUUGACAAAUUGGAAUCGGGAUUGGAUGAGCUUCAAAAGAUUGUGGAGGAUAGAAAUCGUGAUGCGGUUUUAUCCAAGCAGAAGGAAUUACUUAACUAUGUUGGAGGUGUUGAAGAGGACAUGGUCGAUGGCUUUCCGCAUGAAGUGCCUGAAGAAUACAAAAACAUGCCAUUGCUAAAGGGGAGAGCAACUGUGGAUAUGAAAGUCAAGGUCAAGGACAAUCCUAACCUGAAUGAUUGUGUAUUUCGUAUAGUUUUGGACGGUUAUAAUGCUCCUGUGACUGCUGGGAAUUUUGUGGAUUUGGUCGAAAGGCACUUCUAUGAUGGCAUGGAGAUACAAAGAGCUGACGGCUUUGUGGUACAAACGGGAGAUCCCGAAGGACCUGCUGAGGGCUUUAUUGAUCCUAGCACAGAAAAAACCCGUACAAUCCCAUUGGAAAUUAUGGUCAAUGGAGAAAAGGCACCUUUCUAUGGGGAAACUCUGGAAGAGCUUGGUCUGUACAAGGCUCAAACAAGGCUUCCAUUUAAUGCAUUUGGAACCAUGGCCAUGGCUCGAGAGGAGUUCGAGAACAAUUCUGCCUCAAGCCAAGUGUUUUGGCUAUUGAAAGAAAGUGAACUCACUCCUAGCAAUGCCAACAUACUGGACGGCCGCUAUGCAGUAUUCGGUUACGUGACAGAAAAUGAAGAUUUCUUGGCAGACCUAAAAGUGGGAGAUGUUAUAGAGUCUAUCCAAGUUGUAGCAGGGUUGGAUAAUCUUGUUAAUCCAAGCUACAAAAUUGCUGGUUAG